ACUAAUGUAUCUGCACAGAUAUGUGAAAACUUAUUCUUAUGUAUUGAACAUUAAAUAGGAUUUUUAUUUAUAAAUUGUAUUUUCAUUUGACUUUUUUACAUUCUUAAAAUGCUUGGGAGGGAGCAAACCUAAGUAAGACAUUAACUUGGGAAAGUGAGUGAUUGUAGAAAGAUUGUUCUUUAUGUGUGUGUCUCUGGUGCCAUAAUGUUGUUCAGACUUUGAUCUUAGGGAAGUUGGAGAUAAAGUCAAAGAAUUUCUCAGUUAGUCUCAGUGUUUUGUUGGUAAUUAUCCAGAGUUACAGACAGAUCAUCGCCUGAGCUGAGUGGAGAACUGCUACCCUAAAAGGGCUGACUAUAAUGUCAGCGUACAUCUCAGUGCUUGGUGUGGCAGUGUUGCUCCUCCACCUCUGGGGGACACAUUCUUUCCCCACCUCUGCCUGUCCUGUUCCCUGCCUGUGCCAGCGCGGUCCACUCCUGAACUGCUCUUCUUUGGGUCUGACUGAGAUUCCCAGACACAUCCCAGCAACUGCGGUUUCCUUGAACAUAUCCAAUAAUGCCCUGCGUUCUCUGGCUCCUCUCAGCUUUGGUCAUUUAAAACUGAAGGGACUUCUGCAGCUUUGGGUGGGAAGUAAUGCUCUGGAGAGCCUGUCUCUGAUUUUGAAGAAGGACCGGGCAGGCACUAGGACCCUGUCAAGUGGAGAACAGGAAUGCAUGUCCUGGGCACCUGACCUUCAGUUGCUGUCUGCUGAAAGAAACCAUCUAAAACAUCUACCAAAGGGGUUGGGCUGCAUGAAGUCUCUGCAGAUUCUUCAGCUGUCUUACAACCAGAUAUCUAAGAUAGACCUUGCUGACCUGGACAACUGCAUUAAUUUGAAAGAGUUACAUCUCCAGCAUAACAGCAUCAUAAGCAUUCACCCACAAGCUUUUAUAGACCUAAAACAGCUGCAGGUCCUUGAUCUGAGCUAUAACCUGCUGGUCACCAUUCCUGUUCCUGCUUACCAGUCCCUGCGAAACCUGAAUGCCUUGGUCAAUGUCUCCUUCAACAGAUGGAGGUGUGACUGCAAUUUGCAGACCUUGAGAAGAUGGAUUAGCUUUGAUACUGAAAUGGGUGAUGCUUCCUGGCAAGUGGUAUGUGCCUCUCCACCACAUCAUGCUGGAAAAGAUCUGCUUCACCUGAAGGAUUCGGAGCUUACUUGUCCAACACAUGGAUCCAGUACAUCUGGUCACUAUCGUAACAUGAUUGUGGAUGAGGGGAUGCAAAUAUCAAUUCCUUGCAUCAAUGACAGCCAAGAUAUCAUGCUGGUUCACUGGUGGACUCCACAUGGCCAAGUCACAGAUAACCAACCAAAUCUUCUAAUUAAGGACAUUACAGAGCAGCAUGCAGGACUUUAUGUAUGCCUUUCAGGUCUCCAAGGGGAGCACAUAUCAGUAUUUGAUCUAUAUGUCAAUAAAAAAGGCAGUGGCUCAAGACCACGUAGGGAAGCAGCAAUCAUCAUGGACCAGGAAGAAAAUAAAAACACAGCAAGGAAUGAUCCUGUUGUACGGCAAACAAGGGACCAGUCAGAGUUUGUCCUUGCCGUCUGCCUCUCUGUCAUCAUUACAUUUAUUGUAGCCUUUAUCCUUGGUGUUCUUUUGAGACCACUCUUAGACAAAUUAUGGAGGAGAAUACGAUCCAAGAGACAAUCGACACCACCACCACCAACAACCACCUCCUCCACUGGGCCCCAGCCGUAUGUGAAUGAAGGGUACUGUGAUGUAGAAGACCAAGAACAAGAAUUAAGAGUAGGUUCAAGAGUUACAUUUAGUGAAGUCACAGAAGUGGAAAAUCAAGUGCCUUACUAUAUUACAGUAGAGAAUGAUGAAGCAGAUGGUUCCUCUGAGAGCAACACAGAAGUUGAGACUCUUUAUGAGACCAUUGAAAAAAAUAAAUCCUCAAUAACUGAUGGGAAACAGCAGGGCCUUGAGAUGGAGGUUCACAGAGGAAGAGCAGACAGCAGUAGUAGCUCACUACAGGAAGAGGAAGAGAAUGCUUUAAUCAUAAAUGGUAAGAAGCUGCCACCCUGCUCAACGGAAGACAUGGAAUUUGAGCCAAUUCCAGAUGCAGAUGAUAUUACUCAGUUAAAGAGAAGGGGUAGCUCUUCAACAUCAUCUCAGUCAAGUCAUGAAGAGUACCACAAGUAA